AUGGCAAUCCGCAAGGACACGAUUGUGGCAGCAUCCAUCUCAGGUUCAGGCCUUUCCAGCUCGUCUGCUGGUCAAGUCUACUUUAAACUGGGCCAGGUUUUACGACUGCAACUGAUCUGGAACGGUAAGCUUGUUUAUUGUGAACUGAACGUCAUGCUCAAGUAUCUCGAUUACAGGAUUGACUACGAACGGAGCCAUCUCCUCGAUCUUCUCCAGUCAUGCCGCUCCAUCCCGGCGGCCCACGAAAUUCGCAGCCAGAUCCAAUCCACGCUCGGGGCUGCCGAUGUCUUCGUGCAAAACAAGCUGAUCGAGCUCUAUGGCCGCGUUGGAAGCCCCCUCGACGCGCAGGAGGUGUUCGAUGCCAUCGCCCAUAAUAACUCCCUCUCGUGGGUCAUGCUGCUCAACGCUUACUGUCGCAACAGGCAGCUAGAUCGAGCAAACCAGGUUUUUCGCGCGAUGCCUCAUAGAGAUUUAAUCUCGUGGACUUGUCUCCUUACUGCACUUUCCCAAAACGGGCAUUUGAUUAAAGCCCAACAAGUGUUUGAUCAAAUGCCUAUAAGGGAUUUGGUCUGCUGGAACUCAAUGCUCGUUGCGUACGGAAGAAGCGGAAGAAUAGAAGAGGCCGUAAAGGUUUUCGAGGAUAUCCCCGAGAAAGAUCUUAUUACGUGGACUUCUGUACUUACUGCUUAUGCCCAUUUUGGGCAGUUGGAAAAGUCACAGGAUAUCUUUGAGCGAAUGCCGCAGAGAAAUCUGUUCUCGUGGAAUGCUAUGUUAGCGCUCUAUGGUGUUAAAGGUUUAAUGGAGAAAGCAAAUAUAUUGUUCCAGGUAAUGCCCGAGUGGAAUUCUGUCUCUUGGACGACGAUGCUAGACGAAUAUUCGCAAAACGGGUAUCUUGGAAGAUCUAAACUCGUGUUUGAUUCCAUGCCAGAGCGGAAUUUGAUCUCAUGGGGCUGCAUGCUAGCUGCAUAUGCACAUAACGGGCACUUAAUGGACGCCAAGAGAGUAUUUGACACCAUGCCAGAGCACAACCUUGUCUGUUUUAAUGCCAUACUAACAGCAUUUGCCCAAAAUGGCCAUCUUGCAAAAGCUAAGCAUGUCUUUGAUACAAUGCCGGAGACAAAUGUGGUAACGUGGAAUGCGAUGCUGACGGCAUAUUUGGACAAUGGUCUAGUAGAACAAGCAAAAGUUAUGUUUGAUUUUAUGCUGUAUAGGAAUCUCGUAUCAUGGACAUGCAUGCUGGCCAUGCACUCUCAGUACGGGCAGGUAAUGGAGGUUAGACGGACAUUUGACAUGCUCCCUGAGAGAACCAUCAACGUGACUGAUGCUUUGCAUUUCCUGGGUGGAAAUUUUGCCAUCAACAACGUUUUGUUGGUGCUGUUGCAAUGGAAGGUCUAA